AUGUGUCGAGCUGUAUUAUGCUCCACAUAACGAAUUAUCAUCGAAAAUACCUAUAAGAGGAAUCGAUGAAGUUGACGAUACGAAGAUGGGGUUAUAUGUUGGCCAAUUGUCAUGCUGAAAAGACUACGUGGAGUUCGAGGUAACAUUGCCGAAAUGAGAACCAUCACUCUGAGUAAUGGAAAUAUAAAUUUCAUUUUCGUGUUGAUGUUUCUGAUAACAUUUGUAAUACUACUGAUUAUCGAAGUAACGUUGACAACUUACUAUAAAAGCCACGCUUUACACAAACCAACCUACACAAUAAGCUCAGAAAGAACACAAAAAUUUGAAGAAUAUUCGUACAAGAAUACAAAUACAUUACUUCCACGAGAUGCAGUCUGGCAACCAGUCACAGGAACCACGUAUAAAUUUUACGUGUAUUCUGCGUUUUUGGAUAAGAGGAGUAGAAAACAGUGGGUGAUCAAGGUGAUAGGAGCGACGAAGACGAAAUUCUACGAUAAAGCCAUCUGUAUUUUUCAUUUCAAAGACAGGCCGGGUGAACGAAUACGUGCAAAAGUCGCGGCGAUUCGAGAGAACUGGAAUCUACCCUACAGCGCCGUCUUCAUAAUAUGCAAUAUAAAAAAUAGUUCUCAUAUACCGUCUUCAGUUUCAAUAUCCACUUAUAAUAAUCAGUAUUCUACGAAUAAAGACGCAGGCAAUAAUUUACUGGUUCAGAAUCAUCCGGACUUGACUCUUGAUCAAAACAAAGACAAGAUUGCCGUCUGUGUGAAACCUAUUCAUUAUAACUACGAUAAGACUGUUCAACUGCUCGAAUUUAUCGAACUCAAUCGCCUAUUAGGAGUUAGCCAUUUUACAUUUUAUAAUUCGUCAUUGUCGUCCAGUACAAAUUGCAUUUUACACCACUACUUGAAAGAAGGAACGGUAUCUGUGCAUUCGUGGCAUUUGCAAGAUAUUCGAUCACAAGUUGAAAUCCGAACCGAAGGCAUGUUCGCAGCACUGAACGAUUGUUUGUACAGGAAUAUGUAUACUUACCCUUACGUGGCGUUCAUCGAUUUGGAUGAAAUAAUCACACCUCAAUUUAAUAAGACUUUGAAUGAUCUCUUGAAAUGGCUCAGUAUCCGUUACAAUACCAAUCAAGUAUCAGCGUAUUCGUUCCAAAAUGCAUUUUUUUACACGCAGUGGAACGACGACUCGAGUUUAGACCACUCUAACGAAAUUGAAAAACAUUUGAUAUCGAUAAGAAAAACAAGACGAUGUCUGAAGCUCAGUCCUCACACGCAACGAUCAAAAUACAUAGCCAAAGUUAAAAACGUCUUCGAAGUUGGUAAUCAUUUUGUAUGGCAAUUUUUACCACUUCAAAAUGUUCUGAAUGUGCCUCCGAAAGUGGCUCUUUUGCACCAUUAUCGUGUGUGCGAAUUUGGCGGAGAUGGCUGUGUUCAUUUACCUUCUGUAGUGGAUCGCACGUUGCAUUCGUACAGACGUAAUUUAACGUGUAAAAUUGCCGAGAAAUGGCUCCGAUUAAAUGAUCGGUGUGGUUUACCGAAACUCGAGAAUUUUAAUUAUGAGAAAAUUUGCGAAAAGUGAUGAAAAAUUGUUUCGAGAUUUUUUUUUCCAAAAAUAUUCAAAGUGCUAAAAAGUCUGCCUUUUUUGUUAUAGAUUGCGAAAAAGUCAUCUUUUACUAGAAUUGCGAAAGAUUCUCUAAAAAUUGUGAAAAGGUUUCUCUUUUAGUUGAAAAUUGCCAAAAAAAACCUCGCUUUUUGCUAAAAUUUUCAGUUUGGCUUUUCGUUCACUACUUUGUAAUCAAAAAUUUUCUAUGAGACUAAAAUUUCCAAUAUGCUUCACUUUUUUACUAAAAUUUAAAAUUACUAAAAAAUUGGUUUUUUGCAAAAAAAAAAAAAAAAAAAAAAAAAGAAACAGAAAAGUCUCAUUUUUGCCAAUAAUUUUCCAAUAUCCUCUUUUUUUAUGAAAAUUUUUCGUCCAGAAUUUUAUUUUGUCAAAAACUCUCAAAAAUAUUUACUUUUUGAACAGAAGUUUCCAAUAAACUUGAAAUUUUUAAUUAGCCUCACUUUUGUGCUAAAAGUUGCUAAAGUCCUCUUUUUUUGGCAGAAAUUUCCAAAAAGAAAUACCUUUUGCUGAAAUUGUCAACGCCUUGCUUUCUGAAAAAUUUAGAAAAAAUUUUAUAUUGUUGUCCAAAUAGUAAAAGUCUUGUUUUUUGACAAAAAUUGUCUAAAAAAUAAUUUUUUUGUCAGAAAUUGUCAAAAAAAAACAUCCAUUUUGAUGGAAUUUUUGGAGUGUUUCUUUCUGCCAAAAACAACGUAAAAUCUAGUCUUUUAUUAAAAUUGCCAAAAAAAGUCACAUUUUAUGUCAAAAAUUGCUAAUUGGUGUUUUCUUCCAAAAACUUUGAUUUUCCAAAAAUAUAUUCAAAAAUUUAUUUUUUACCAGAAAUUUCCAAAAUCUCUCAGUUUUGCUGAAAUUGUCAAAGUCUUGUUUUCUGACAAAAAUUCCAAAUAAUCUCGUUUUUAGUCAAAAUUGACAAAAGGUCUCGUAUUUUUUCGUUGUUGAAGAUUUAGAUCUUUUUUGUCAAAAAAUCACUUUUUCAAAAAAUUACAAAAACGUCCAACUUCAAGAAUUGCCCUGCAAUAUUGUUUUUUUGCCAAAAAAUAAAAAGCUCUGUCUUUUAAUAAAAAUUUCAAAGUCUCAUUUUUUUCCCCAAAAAAUUUCAAUUUCUUUCUAAAAAUUGCCAAAAAGUUUCAAAAGGAAUUUAAAAACUUGAAAAACUUGUUUUUUUUUUAGAAAAUAUUGUAAUUUUUUAAUCAAGAAUCACAUUUUUCUUUCAAUGAAAAAAUAACUGGGCUCGAAAGUAACGCUAGAUUUGGACUCAGUGAUCUCAAAUUAUUCGGAAACCUCCAUAAAAAUGUUACUUUCGACCGAACUAGUAAAAAAUUAACGUAGAAUUGGAUGCGAAUGCUUCGUGUUGAUAAAAUUGCAUAAUCAGUUUGCCGUAAAUACGAAAGGGGAUUUUUUUGAAAAAUUAGUUGAAGCGUUUUGGGCACGUCGAAUCCAUUUCCGGUGUCGAAAUUUCGCUAGAGUGCGCCCUUCUCUGAGAAAUAGCUUUUAAGGCCCAAAAUGAGGUCUAAAGAAUAAUUAUUAUAAACUGUAUUAAUUAUGUUUUUUUUUUUUUUACGAAUUGGAGAUCGUUGAACACAAAAAUUACGUCCAAAUUGAGUCUCGACCCAUCAGGUUUGGCCUCAGUAGCUCAAAUUAAUCGGAAACGACAUGAAAAAAUGUGAAUUUCGAUUGAACAAGCCAAAUUACAACGUAAAACUGCGUGUGAAAUGUUUUGUGUUGAUAAAAUUGCAGGGGAUUGUUUUGCUCAAAAUUUUGAAUCAGUAUAUUGAAAAAAUACCUGCAUAAAAUAUUUGAUUAGUAGGUAAGGUAAGAUAACGAUUCAAAGAUUAAGUUUGAUUUGGUUCCACGAUUUUAAAAUUUAGAUCUGGGUUUAACUUGAAUGUUCCAAAUUAAAUAAUUUUUUUUUUUUUUUUUGAAAUACAAGGUUGUGUUAUUUUUAUUUUAAGUGUUCCUUUCCUAGUACUUCUUGUGAAAUGAAAUCAAGUUAAAAGUAGUCUAUCAACUCGAAUAUUUACCAAAAAAAAUUUAGCGGGCAAUUUUUUUUUAUAAAACAUUUAUUAUGAACGAUAUAAGUUAUUGUAUUUUAUUUUCUAUUUUAAUUUUUUUUCAACAUAGUGAAAUUUUAAUUUCAUGUCUUUUUAAGAUAUGGAUUGUUGCUUUAGAUAAUGGAAAUUUUACAUGAAACUGGAAUCAUUUAGAAAGUGCCUUAUUUGAAUGUAUUUUAUCAAGGGCCUAUGGUUAAUGUGUUCAUCAUUACCAAAAUAUUUAAAUUGUUGAAUUGAUGGCAAAAUUUUAGCUUAAUUGGAGAUUUUCCAAGUAUAUGUAUCUUUUUAUAUUUAUACUGGCCUAAGGGAAAAUUUUUACGUUGAUAAAUUUUUGUUAUUUUUAAAUACAGAGUGGGUCAAAAGUCAGUACCCCGAUUUUCACGUUUUAGUUUUUCUUUAAAAAAAUCAAAAACUAAGCAUCCUAGAAAAAAACUAAUGACAUCAAGUCGAUUCGAAAUUUAAUUCUCUACAACUUUGUCCUACUGAAAAUUUUUUUGGACGCUUCCUUUUGCCUCCAGAUCAAUUUUUAUGAAGCUCAGUUGGCAAAUUUUUCGAAAAUUUUAGUUUUUUGUAAAAAAAUUGAGAACUAAGCAUCCUAGAAAAAAACUAACGACAUUAUGUCGAUUGGAAAUUUAAUUCUCUACAACAUUGUUUUCACGAAAUCUUUUUUGGACGCUUCCCUUCGCCUCCAGAUCAAUUUUUAUGAAGCUCAGUUGGCAAAUUUUUCGAAAAUUUUAUUUUUUUCGUAAAAAAAAUCAAAAACUAGGGGAAGCGUCCGAAAAAAAUUUCAUGAUGACAAAUUUGAAGAGAAUUAAAUUUCGAAUCGACAUAAUGUCGUUAUUUUUUUUCUAAGAUGCUUAGUUUUUGAUUUUUUUUACAAAAAACUAAAAUUUUCGAAAAAUUUGCCAACUGAGCUUCAUAAAAAUUGAUCUGGAGGCGAAAGGAAGCGUCCAAAAAAAAAUUCAUUGAAACAAAGUAGUAGAGAAUUAAAUUUCCAAUCGACAUAAUGUCGUUAGUUUUUUUCUAGGAUGCUUAGUUUUUGAUUUUUUUAAGAAAAACUAAAACUCUUAGAAAUGAACUUCUGAAAAAUUUUUCAUAAAAAUCAUCAAGUCACAAAAAUCAAUCUGGAGGCGAAAGGAAGCGUCCAAAAAAAAUUCAUUGAAACAAAGUUGUAGAGAAUUAAAUUUCGAAUCGACUUGAUGCCGUUAGUUUUUUUCGAGGAUGCUUAGUUUUUGAUUUUUUUAAGAAAAACUAAAACGUGAAAAUCGGGGUACUGACUUUUGGCCCACUCUGUAUGUAUAUUGUCUUCCUAUGUAAUAUUUCUGAAUUUGUAAUCACUCGAAAAAUAAAAUAGAUUUGCACAUUUUUUUCUAUA